GUCCUCGGCUCGCGUCACGUGACUGGCGUCGACGGCAGACUCCUCUGACAGGAUCUCGUCUAUGGUUCUCUCAAGCCCAGGUGUGCAGUCUUUCUGAACAGCCAGGUCAUGUCAUUAAAGAUGGAAAUGGAUGCCAGUGGAGUGUCCAGGGCGCCCAUAUCCGUUCUGCCUGCUGCUGAGGUCAAAGCCACCCUGAAGCCAGAAGCCGAUAAACCCCGGUGCUCCAGCACUCCCUGCUCCCCCAUUAAAAGUACUGUCUCAGGAUACCAGAUCCUCCACAUGAACUCCAACUAUCUAGUGGGCUUCACCACCGGUGAGGAGCUUCUCAAAUUAGCCCAGAAGUGGUCUAGCCCUGAUAACAGCAACACAGAGGCCUUGCCCAGCCCCAUCAAAAAGCCUGUGGAUUUAAGCCUGCACCGAGCCUCGCGGAUUUACAAAGCCAAAAGCCGUUACUACCAACCGUAUGACAUCCCAGCGAUCAACGGACGCCGGAGGCGGCGCAUGCCCAGCUCGGGCGACGGCUGCUUGAAGUCGAUGGUGAGCGGGGAGCCCAGCAAGGCCUUACACGGGCCCCUGCCCCUCUGCCUGUUGAAGGGCAAACGGGUGUACUCCAAGUCCCUGGACUACCUCAACCUGGACAAGAUGAGCCUCAGGGAGCCGGCGGACACUGAAGUGCUGCAGUACCAGCUACAGCAUCUCAAUCUGAGGGGCGAGCGCGUGUUCACCCGCAACAAGACAUGAGUUCUCAGAAACGUCCACCUGCCCACAGUUGUCUGGCUGUGAUGUAGGGCCUUGAUUUGUACCACUCUGAUUAUAGGCAGUUCACUACUAAAGCAGGGUGACCAUACGUGCCAUUUUUCCCGGACACGUCCUGGCCAGGAUUCGUUUUGGCUUUGUUUUUCUGUUUUCACACUUGCUGAAGCCAGGUAAUGAUCGAAAAGUAGUUUGACCAAUAACAUGCAGGCAUUGUACGUAAUGGACCAAUCGUGGUGUGUGAGAAGGUGGGAUCUACGGAGAAUGGUCAAAGCGAUGCAAAUCCGCGUCCAUAUUAGGUGCGCUGCUCAGACCGAUCAGUAUUUGACAUCAAAGUACCUCGAGAGCGUUUCGAAAGCAUAAGGAGGCAUCUGCUCUGCUCUCUGUAGCUUUCAUGGUACUUUGAUGUCAUACACCGAUCGGUCUGCACACGCAAACAAAGCCAAAACCUAUAUAUUUUAGGCAAUAUAGAAAUCCUAGCCUGGACGUGUCCAGGAAAAAUGGCACGUAUGGUCACUCUAACUAAAGCCCAAAGUAUACUUCGGUUUUUACACGUUUGACGCAAAUUUUGUCACUAGAAUAGUACCCGCGUACUGUACGUCCACCACCAGAUUUUUCUUUGUACGCGGUUCCACAAGGUGGCAGCACUGGCCCGAGCUGUUGUUUCACAGUUGAAAACUAAACUAGACACAGAACAGCAACAAAAUAGCGGAGACUGCAACAACAGACGGAUCUUUAGAUUAAAAAAUUACAAAGAUAUUUUUAGCACUCGUAACUUCUGGAGAAAGAUGAAAAAGGUGCACCUUAGACUGUACAUGUAUGCAUUCAAAAGCGAUGUAUACUUUGGGCUUAAAGCAUCCAUAGACCACUAAUCUCGUUUGUUAACCAGAGGUGUGAUAAAGCACCAUGAGGCCCAGUUAGGGCAAACUAAAGGAGUAGUUCGUUCAAAAAGACAAAUUCUGUCAUUCUGUACUCACCCUCAUGUUGUUCCUGACUUUUUGAGAAUUUUUGGAGAAACUUUGUGCAGCUCUUUUCAUACAAUGACAGGAAAUGUUGACCACAUAUGGCUUGUGUGCCAUAUUCAAGAUUUACUAAACAGGGCAAAUUAGCGUGAGAGCGCUGUCAUCCCAUAAAAGCACAGAUGGGAGGGGAAAGUUCUGCGGUUGAUCUACUGACAAAAUGCACAUUAAAGAACACAGACUCAGCUCAUUUCCAUAAUGAGCAAUGCAAUCUACCAAGAGCAGCUCAAAUGAGCAAGUAUAGCAGCCAUGUCAAGGGCAAAAUGGCUCAAGACGUGUUUUCUUGUUUGUUAAAUAAUGCCUCAAAUACCAGUGAAUUGACUACCGUAAUCUGUAUAUUUAAAUACUUUCCUCUCACAAAUAUUGCGUCUGAAAGGGAAACUCCUACAAAUGCAGAUGCAGUAAGGUCAGCCACAGAAAUAACUUGGUCCACGCCUUUUCUGGGUGUCUUUAGUUAAUCCUGACCGUAGUUUUUAAUGCCAAAAGAGGGUUUGCUUUGGCGUAAAUCUAAUCCAAAGCCUGCUAAAGCCAUAGCUUUGUGUAAGGAACAGGCGGAAAUUUGUUAUUGAUAUCUGAUGGUCUGAAAUUGAAUUUGUGUUCUAUGAAUAAAGACUUUAAUUUCAGUUUGUCGCACAAAACUGUCAAGAGAACUUGGAGUAUAGCAAGCGGAGUUAUAGUAUAGAUUUGCAGUAUAGUCUGUUUACAUGCAGUGUUGGGAAGGUUGCUUUGGAAAUGUAAUAGGUUACAGAUUACAAGUUACCCUGUUUAAAAUGUAAUAAGUCGUGCAACUCUUUCAAUUACCUUUUUAAAGUAAUGUAACUGAUUACAUUUGAUUACUUUGAUUAUCAUUUUCAAACGUUUAAACCAGACAGGGUUAACAUUACAGUAAUACUGUUAGUAAAUUCUUCAUUGCUUGAAUUAAGGAUUUAAAGCACAUCCACCACAAAAUCAGACUUUCCUCUUAACUUUGAGGUCAUUCUGAGGUUAAAUACAGAUUUAAGAGUAAAAGAAACUGUAAUUUAAUUACAUGUUUUUUUUUUCCUUCUCAUUAACCGUAACAGAUUACAGUUGCAUUUAUUUUGUAAUUAAAUUACCUAAUUGUGUUACUAGUUACUCCCAACACUGCUUAUAUGAUAGGGCUGCAGGACUAUUUGAAAUAAAACCUUAGUGGGAUUAAUAUUUCAUGUCUUUUUAAUAAUAAUGCAUUAUUAUAUAGAUAUAUUGAUAUCAAUAUGGCAACUUUGUGUAAAUUGUGCAGCUCUACACAAACAAGCACGGCGCUCCUGGAGCUUUUUUUAAAAACUGCAUUUUAAUUAUUUGAACAAUUGCAAAUAGAUGUUCUCCCGAAAUCAUGCCGCCCAGUUAUCUGUCACUGAACUGACUUUGUAUGAAAAAGAACUGCAUUAAGAUGCAUUCAAAAUUCUUCUUUUUCAGUUUGUAAAAACCUGAGGGUGAGUAAAUAACGACGUGAUUACUGUUCCUUUACCCACACAACAAAUCGUUGUAAAAGUGUAUGUUACGGGGGAUUCAUUCAUAGUGAGGUUUUUCAGGAUUAGCAAUAAAUGGUGUGGCUUAAUUGCUGAAUUCCUUCCGUUAUCUGUGAGUCUGUGAGCGUGAGUGUGUGCAAAACACUUAAACCUUUGGAAAUGUUGUGUGAAACUGUGCUACAUUUAGUCCUCUGUUCUCCCUUAACAUCCGAUCAUACGCUUGUGUUGUUCUGCUAACUUUAGUAACUCGUGUCAGGUGAGGAUCUCGACUGUUACGCAAUCCGGAUGAUGUUUAAAACAGACUCUGAUAGGCUUUGUGCGAGAGAGGCUUAUCUCUGAGAACCCAAACUAACGUUAGCAUAGAGAAACCAUUAAUGGCCUUUUCAUUUCCCUAAUCAGUGUUUUACAGGAGACUCGCCGGAUCGUUUUAAAUUACACUGAAUGCUGUGUUGCUUUCUGGAAGAAAUCUUUAUGUUAAUGAAGGUUGUGACAUUUACUUUUUCCAUUCCCCUUCACAAUGCACAUAGUUGAUAACACUGCUAUAAAAACCAAAGUCCGCGGGAACUUGAUGAAUCAUUUUUGAACAGCAGACAAUCUUUCAUGGUUUUACACGAUAAGCACUAGUAACAGUUUAUGGGAUUUUAUUUCUCUUUAUUUUGACCACAGCGUUUAAUAUGGGUCCAUUUGCGUUAUCAUCACGGAAGAUAUUUGUUUGAUAUUAUUACAGUCGGCAUCAUGAUUCUUUAAGAUCUUUGUUAGUAUUGCAGAUGUUUCUCUUCAAAUGAUUUCAUGCUUUUCAAAACUCCUUUUUUUAGUUGAACCCCUCGUGCAUCUUUUUUUCUUCUAUAUCUUCCUCUAGUGCUUUGAACUGAAUUGCUAGAUUUCACCCUUACUAUAACCGACUACGUUCUUUUGUUUUGUUUCUAAUCUAAUCUUGUUGAACUGCCGUAUUAUUUUAAUGUUCGGUGGUUAGAUGACUGAAACAUUAAAAUAAUAUUUAGGAAUAUGCUCUAAAAAGCACCUUAGCUUCAUUCAUUUAAUAUAUUUAUUAAUUGUGACGUGUUGGUGAUGUUUUAUUACAGUAUUUUAAAAGUUUUUAUUUACAUAUUGGAUUUUUAAUUUAAGCCUAAUUAAUCGUUUUGUUGUUGUUUGAUUUCCUAACUACGUAGUGUUCACAUUUAUGUGCUAGAAAUCCAUUGGACCACUGUUUAAAAAAAAAAAAACUGAUUUAGUGACAUUACUGGAACAGUGUAAUAUAUUAUUAAUCUUCACAGCAAUGAAUACAAUGCUUAACCUAAAGUGAAUGAGAUCAAGCCUAUUUGCCAUGUUCAAAAACAAUAGGCCUGCUACAUAUAAGAUCAGUUCUCAAGCAUCAAGGAAUCAGCUUACUAAAAACACCACUGAUCCUGAUUCCCAGUCUUGUAUUUACAUUUGUUUUGGGCAGCAGUCGUUCCAUCUGAAGUCACUUUUGAGUCCAAACUACCAAAAAGUGAGCUGGUUUGCUGUCCUGAUUUGAAAGCGUUUGGGGGGAAAAAGCUGUAAGGAGUUGCUACUUCUCGUGUUUUGGGCUAUCUAUGCUAUUAACUGGUUUUUAGGGAUAGAUUUUCAUUUAUUUUAUUCUUUUGUCGUGAAAUAGCGAAAUUCUCACCAAGAAAUAUACUCAUACACUUCUGUGAUGUUUCAGAGUCAAUAAGGGUAGAACUGAAAAGCUUGAAGACCUGUCAUGCACUGAAAAAGUUCAGCUGUUGUAUUCUCUAUUUAUCAUCAUAACAGUCAUAAUUUAAAAACUGCUCCUGCCUAGAAGGGUACAACCUAAUUUUAAUCUCUUAAUGAAUAAAAACGCAUUAGAAACCAGUACUGGCUGCAGUGCCUUCGGUAAGACGUACAUGAGUUAUUCAGAAGGCAUGUCUUAGUUUGUCUUAGAUUACUUGAAUGCACAUGUAAUAUUGUUCUGUUAUCUUCUGUUCUCAACAUUUUUAAUGCUUAAAAUGUUCUUUUACCCUCUGCAGUGUCAAAGUUUAACUUUUGUUUUUGUCAGAGUUUGAGUUUCAUUUGAUAUUAA